AUGGGCAAGGAUACUACUAUGCAUAGCAAGAAUGAGGCGCAGGUCAAGAGAUACCUGGACAUGGGGAACAAUGCGUUUCGCGACGAACGAUGGGACGAUGCGAUCACGUACUACACACAAGCCAUUAGCAAGGGCGACAAGGAGUAUCAGUGCUAUUCCAAUCGAUCUGCGGCAUAUUUGAAGAAAGGCGAUUUACUGGAAGCCCUGGAAGAUGCGGGCCAAUGCAUUUCGAUCAAGCCAAACUACCACAAGGGACACAUUCGACGCGUGGCCGUCUACCAUCAAAUGGAGGAAUACGAAGAUGCCAUUGAAGCCUACAAGGCAGGACUGGAGCAUUGUCCCAACGACAAGACACUGCAAAAGGGAUUACGAGCCGCACAAAAAAAAGUACACAAACUAAACCAUCCUCAAGAUGAGGAACCUCCAGAGGAAGAGGCUGAAAAGGUAUUAAAGACAUUUCAGUUCUGA